AAAAAAAAGGAAAAAUUGUGAGCCUUUCCGCUUCUCAAGUAAACUACUUCAUUCAUAGACCUCGCUCCCACUUCUCCGCUCUCUGAUCAAGAUCCAGAUCGCAAUCCAACGGUCCAGGAUGAAGCUCUUCCUCCUCUCGCCGGAAAUCCUUUAGAUUCACCUUCUCUUCUCCUUCCUCGCGUUCAGGAUUUAUCGACACGUAAUCACAACCGUCCAUGAUGGAAACGCUUGCGCCGGCGUUCGCUCACCCGGGCCCACUAACCUUCACCGGUGAAUCACCUGUUGGCUGCGGUGCAGUAACCGCCCCCACCGCCUCCACCAAAGCUCACCUCCCAAACCCGGAUUCUUUUGGGUUUUACAACCAACCAGAGUUUCAGAUGACGAGGCGGAACAAGGGCAAGUCUGAGCCUGUUGAUGCUGAUGACGAUGAUGGCGAUGAUGACAGGGAUGGGGACGAGGAUGAUGAAGGUGUCUUUGGGGAAGGCGGAGAUGAUGGCUCCGGGGAAGAUGAAGGUGGCUAUGAGAAGCCUAACAAUACCAGCAAGAAAAACACCGGUGGAGAUGCUGGAGGUGAGGAGAACGGAGAGGAUGAAGAGGAAGAACCUGAGGAUGAUAAUGAUGAUGAUGAUAAUGAUAAUGCGAUGAUGAUGACGAUGAUGAAGAUGAUGACGAUGAUGAUGGUGGGGACGAUGGAGACGACGGGGCUGAAGAGGAGGCUGAUGAAGAACAACCUAACGAAGAGGAAGAAGACGAUGAGGAUGAGGAGGCGCUUCAACCCCCGAAGAAGAGGAAGAAGUGAUCAUCAACUCUUUUUUUUAUAAAAAUCAAGUCUCAAUGCUUCCUUUGUUCUUCUUACUCUAGAGAUGAUUUCCUUGUUCUUCUUUCCCUCUUGUUCCUAACUUUAAAUUUUCUUAUUUGCAAUGGUGUUGAAAAACACCUUAGGAUAUGCACUAUGUACCUGUGUACUAUUUUAUCUAUCAAUUAGAGAGUUUAUGAUCCUUUUAGGCAUA